GUAUGUAUCCUCUGCGCUCCAUUAAUAAUCAGCUGGUGGAGAUAAUCGGAGCCUGUUACAGCAACAACGGCCUCAUUAACAACACGGCCGCCAUCUACUCGCCGUACUCCUCCAAGUCUGAGGACCUGUGCAACAGCAACAACCAGAAUGACAUGGCCGUCAGAUACAAGUGCGGAGCCGAGUUCCUGCCGUCCCCGCUGGCCAGCAAGGCCGAGUUCGCCUUGACGUCACAGCCCUCGUUGGUGCGUAAGGGUCACAUGACCGCCGUGGCCGUGGCGGUUGAGAUGGGGCACGCUGUGGCGUUCCUGGGCACCACCACCGGAGAGGUGCUGAAGGUGCAUCUGUCGGAUCAUCCCGAGGUGUACGGGCGAGCGUCGGGCGACGUCACCGGAGACAAGGUCAACAAGAACCUGCUGUUCGAUUCCAGCCUCCAACACCUGUACAUCACCACGGAGAAAAAGAUCACCAAGGUUCCAGUCCAGGCCUGUCACCUGAAGACUGACUGUCAGUCCUGCGUCUCCAUGAAGGAUCCGUACUGUGGCUGGUGUGUCCUGGAGGGACGGUGCACCAGGAAGCAGGAGUGCGACAGGUCGACGGAGGAGAACACCUGGCUGUGGUCGCCCAAUCAGCAGUGCGUCCAGAUCCAGGCGUUCGACCCGCCCAACCUCAGCUGCAGGAAGACGCAGCAGGUGGACAUCACCAUCCCCACCCUCCCCAGACUGAGAGAGUCCGACAUCCUCAGCUGUAUGUUCGGCUCCUUCGUCACUCGAGCCGUGGUGAGCUUCGGCAGUCGGGUGCAGGUCACGUGUUCGCUGCCCAACCCUGUGGAAAUCCCCCCCACUCCGGAGCAGCAGGACUACGUGUCCGUCCCAGUUAAAGUUCUGGUAAACGACAAAAUCGAGGUGACGUCUGGAAAGUAUCACUUCUACAACUGUGCUGCGACAGUCAGGAAGAACCAAAACACACCGUGUAUAGCGUGUGUGACCAGUGAAUGGGGAUGUCAGUGGAACGCUCAGGAUCACAGCUGCAGCGACAGGGAUGAUGCUGCAGAUAGUGAUUACAUCGUCAAACCACAAGAGUCGGGCAAAUGUCCUCAGUUUGAGUCCCCGGAGCCGCUGCGGAUUCCCGUCGGCUUCCAGAUCCCGAUCAACUUCCAGGGAAUAAACCUGGAGUUCUACAAGAGUCACAGUUUCGCCAUCGGCACUGAGCUGAUGAAGCACGUAGAGGAGGAGGUCACUCAGGUGCAGGAGUCAAAGUUCAAAUUCUCAGGUUAUGAG